GCGGGGCUGCUCAUGGCCGCCGAGGACCGGGGCCCGGCGCGGCUGGCGCUGCCUUCCCUGGCGGGGGCGACCCGCACCCGGCUGCACCUGCUCCCCUGCGCGGUGCAACACGACGGCGCCGCCGCGGUCCAGCGCUACUUUGCGCCCGCCGUCCGGGCUGCGGACGCGCCCGAAGAGUCAUCCGUGUCCUUCCGCGGGCGAAGUCUAAAGGGAAAAGAAACCGUUGUUCCUGCCGGGUACGUGGGGCUGGUCCUGGAGGAGGCUGCUGCCUCUUUAUUGCCAUCGGAGGAACGGCAGGUGCGGGUGAAAUCUACCUUUGAGUCGCUGACUGUGUGGAACCUGGAACGGGCGCCAGACGGCACGGACGAGAUCAUGAUGGCCCUGGACUGGCCAAAGAUUGCUGAGGGGAUCCACGCCCCUGUGGCCGACGAGGAGUGACCAGGAACAUCCACAACACACCGAAAAGUACAUUGCUGUAGAAAAUACACAGCAUUUCAAUUUCUGGGGACACUGCAGCGGAAAGUCCUUCUCCAGCGUCUUUUUAGGGAGGCUGGCUGUUACUGCUAUGCUUGCCCAGUGGCCCAGGUCCAAGACAGAAGGGAAGAUCUACCCUGCGCACCCUCCAAGCUCUGCUGUCAGGUUUGUGCUUACCGUACAACCUCCUGUCUUCCCGGUGUGUUGGCUGGAAAGAAUGGAGUUUGCCACCCAACAGAUCUUGAGGAGCCCAGGUUGGAAAAGGCUGCCCCCAUAACUUGGUUGUCUGUGGCUUUCAAUGCCCCUUUUUGGUUUUUAAGGACGUUUCUGUGGGCCUGAACUUGCAGGAGCUUUGGAUAUGCGCGACAGCUGGUUGAAGGCAAAGGAGGCCUUGCUCAAGAUUGUGGUGUCUUGACUGGGCUCCUACUUUGUAAACUACCUGCCUGAAACCAUUUCAAAACUAGUUUAAACCUCAUGCUUUCUGCCCCAACCAGCUCCAGAUUGGCUGACACCUCUUAGAGGCCCCUCACCUUUUCACCUGAUAGUGAAAAUUAGUUUUAAACCACUUUUGAGUUUUUAUUGUAGAACCUCUCUGACUUGGUACACCUUAUUUGGAAGUAUGUGAUUUUUGUGGGGUUUAUUUUUUUUUUACAAUGCACAGGAUUAACCCAACUCAUUUAGGUCACCCUGAUAGACUCUGCAAGCUUUCUCGCGCCUUUAGGUCACGUUAUCUCAGCCGGGUCCUUGUUUUUUUGUGUGUGAAACGCCAAAUUAAAAAUAUACGUGAAAGAAGAAAAGGUACACG